AAAGAGAGACCGGCGUUUCUAUGUCAAAGUAAAGGGUUUCCAUCCAAGCUGGGUACCUAUUUCUGCAAGAGCUCAACUGCCUUAUUCUAAAGAAUUCGUUUCCAUCUGCUUUGGCCCGAGCCAAGAGAGAUUAGAUUAGGACACAUCAAAGCUCAUUCCUUAAACACACAAAUGAUUGAGAAUUCUUAUCAUUGCUAGUCAAUCCAAAAAUCACGAUUCGAUCAGAAGAACAACAGAUUAUAUUUAUAUACGUACAAAGAUGAAAGGAAGCUGUGAUUAUAGUACUGAAGUCUGCAAAGCAAGCCCUUCUAAGAAGAACGACGAUGAGGAUGAGGGUACUGAUCAUGAAACUUGCAGGCUAAAGAACGGUGGAAGCUCAAGCAAUAGCACAGUGGAAGAGAGUGAAAAGAAGGAAGCUAAAUCAGGCCCUGUACGACAAUAUGUACGUUCUAAGAUGCCGAGACUCCGGUGGACUCCUGAUCUCCAUCUUUGCUUUGCUCACGCAGUUGAAAGACUAGGAGGCCAAGAAAGAGCAACACCCAAGUUGGUACUUCAACUAAUGAACAUCAAGGGUCUUAGCAUCGCUCAUGUGAAGAGCCAUCUCCAGAUGUAUAGGAGCAAGAAGAUGGAUGACCACAAUCGAGUUACAACAGAUCAAGGGCUUUUUAUGGAAGGCGGAGAUCACCAUAUCUACAACCUUAGCCAACUUCCCAUGCUACAAAGUUUCCGUCAAAGACCUUCUUCUGGUUUAAGAUAUAAUGAUGCUUCCGGGAGAGGUCUUGAUCACAGCCAGAUUUAUAGCCCUUACACACUUGAUCGCGCUAGAAAUGGACUCUAUGGUUCAUUUUUCAAUGGACAAGCUACUUGGUGGACAAGGCAUCAAACUUUUGACGAGUUUCAGCGACCAAGGCAAACCCAACUUAAACAAAGUUCAGUGGAUCAAUCCAACCUUAUAACUGAUCAAAUCCAAGAGGGAAGAAAUUUAUUGGACAAUGCUGGCUCUCCCAAUAAAGAUGGGAGAAGAGUUCAAGAAGAAGCGCAAAACACAGUACUGAUGAAAAGGAAGGCGGCUUUGGAUUCAGAUCAUGGCGGCGGCCUAGAUUUGAAUUUAUCUCUUAAAGCACCAAACAAAGAUGAAUUUGAAAAGGGUUGGGAUAAUAAUGGUGAUGGGGUUGUUAGUAGUUUGUCUCUUUCAUUGUCUUCAUCUCGAACCUCAAAGCUUGGGAGGUUCAAGGCCGAAGGAGAUUGUCAUACGAAAAAUUCGAGGACGAGGACGAGUACUCUGGAUCUGACUUUAUGAAUGAGACAAUUCUGAGUGAGAUCUUGAGGUACUUGGCUAGCUAGCUAGAGCAGUACCGUAUUGUAUCAUUUUUCAUGUAACCAGCAAAAUAUACAAGGUAAUGGUCA